AUGUCGGAUACUACUGUUGAAAAUCAACAAAAUACAACAACAAACACUAAUGAAAAUGAAUCAUCAGCAACAAUUAAUGGUACUGAUAGUGGAAAGACAUCAACUAAUGAACCAAUGGAUCAACAAGUAGCCGAUUCAACAAAAGUAAAUAAUGAUUUAUCAACAAAUGGUGAAAGUCAAAAAGAUGAUUCAACAAAUAAUAAUAAUAAACAAAAAGUUGAUUUAUCAACAUUACCAACACGUGCAUAUCUUGAUCAAACUGUUGUACCUAUACUUCUUCAAGGUAUGUCACAACUUGCACGUGAUCGUCCAGCUAAACCAAUUGAACAUUUGGCCUUAUAUUUACAACAAAACAAAGAAAAAUAUGGCGAAUAA